GAGUAGCCACCAAUGCGAUAUAUUGACUAUCGUAAAAGUUAAUGAAAACAAAUGUGCUUGUGUCUUCAUUUAAGGUUAGGCUAGCCCGAUAUGUACUCUUCCUUCGGGAUUUUGGCAAUGAGGUCCUUUGUCUACGUCCCCACAGUCAAAUUAACACAUGGAUAAUAUUUGUAUGCCUCUGCGUGCGAUUUGAAGGAAGUUGACAAAGUCUAUUGAGUAUCUGACACUUCGUCAUAGUGCUAACGCUAGUUAGCAUUGGGUCACGGAAAUACCUCUAACUUCCUCCAUACUGGACAGGAAGUAGAUACAGGUACAAAGUCCUUAUGUUAUAUUCAGAUGUAGACUGGCUCUGGCAGCCAAAUACAUUAUCGAAACAUUAAUCGAGUCUCAAUUGCAACACGGUUCUAGAAACAAAGUCCUUUACUUUCAUAUCACAUCAAAAUAAUUUCACAAAUAGUGUUUUAACCAGCUUUAUCGCCGUUGCAGCCGACAGUAUUUUUCAGUGACAACACGUUUCUUGGCGGCCUUCCGUUACUACACACAGGUGUUUGGGAGCAUGCUAGAUAGUACAGGUGGUCCCUUUGUAACAUAAAGAUGACGGUGUGGGAACCCAAAUAAAGGUGUGUCGAUUUAACCUUUUUUUGUUGAAAAUUAUUAUUUCUCCCCGAUAUGAAAUAUUUAAGAUCCUUCGCUUCGAAAAAUGUGUAAGGUCACAUCUUAAGAAUAUAAAUGGUAUAGGCGGGGUUUAUGACGACCGAAGGGGAGCGGAACAGGAAGUGACUACACGGAAACGGCACUGCUGCUAACAACGACAACAGCAUUACGCUCGGGGAUAUCUCCCUUCUCCUUAACGUAGGUUAGAGACAGACGGAUUGCAUAUAUGAACUUGGAAACAUGUACAAUUUUCGGGGUAAUGAAGCGCACAAUAUCGGGUAAAGUUAAAGUGCACAAGUUGGUGAGGAAUUGCAAGCUGUCUUUCUGCUGUGUUUUAGCUAAGCAGGCUAACUAGCUAGCUAACGGCUCCAGGAAAAAAAUGAAGGAGGUGAAGGGUUGCGGUAUGCGGUCCUCUGUGGGCUUUCUGUCUCAGAGAAGGCUUUUCGGGAACCCGCUGAUGAAGGAAGAAUUUCAGAGACUCCGGUUGGCAGGAUGCACAAGCCUUUACAAGAAAGAUAUGCUGGGACAUUUCGGGUGUGUAAACGCCAUAGAGUUUUCCAACAAUGGAGGGGAAUACCUUGUGUCCGGAGGGGAUGACCGCAGAGUGCUGCUGUGGGAUAUGGAGAGAGUCCUCCAUGCUCGCUCGGCCAAGCCUCUCAUACUGAAAGGAGAACACCUCUCCAACAUCUUCUGCCUGGCUUUUGACAGCACCAACAAGAGGGUGUUCUCUGGGGGUAACGACGAACAGGUCAUCCUUCAUGAUGUAGAGCAAGGCGAGACUCUGAACGUGUUCCUUCACGACGAUGCGGUGUACGGCCUGUCAGUCAGCCCCGUUAACGACAACGUGUUCGCCAGCUCCUCGGACGACGGACGGGUCCUCAUCUGGGACACACGGCAGCCGCCACACGGAGAGCCCUUCUGUCUGGCCAACUACCCAUCAGCCUUUCACAGUGUGAUGUUUAACCCGGCAGAGCCCCGACUGCUGGCUACAGCCAACUCCAAGGAGGGGGUGGGGCUGUGGGACAUCCGCAAGCCUCGCACUUCUCUGCUGCGGUACGGCGGUAGCAUGUCCCUGCAGAGUGCCAUGUCGGUGCGUUUUAACAGCGCAGGGACCCAGCUCCUGGCCCUGCGUCGCAGGCUACCCCCGGUCCUCUACGAGCUACACUCUCGCCUACCCAGCUUCCAGUUCGACAACCAGGGCUACUUCAACUCCUGUACCAUGAAGAGCUGCUGCUUCGCUGGAGACAAGGAUCAGUAUGUCUUGUCUGGAUCAGAUGACUUCAACCUUUAUAUGUGGAGAAUCCCAAAGGAUCCUGAAGCAGGAGGCCCGGGGCGUGUGGUCAACGGAGCGUCCAUGGUCCUGAAGGGUCACCGUUCCAUCGUGAACCAAGUCCGGUUCAACCCCAGCACCAAUAUGAUCUGCUCCUCCGGGGUCGAGAAGGUCAUCAAGGCGUGGAGCCCCUACCAGCAGACAGAGAGUCUGGGCGACCUGGAUGGUUGUGUGGAGAAUAAGUCCAGGAGUCUGUACAGCCAUGAGGAGUAUAUCAGCCUGGUGCUGAACAGCGGCAGCGGCCUGAGGCACGACUACGUCUCACAGGAGGAUCCUCGUAUGAUGGCCUUCUUUGACUCUCUGGUUCGUCGGGAGAUCGAGGGCUGGAGUUCGGACUCAGACAGUGACCUGAGUGAGGGGGCCAUCCUGCAGCUCCACGCCAGGGGACGACGCUCCACGCGGGCUGUAGGAGACGGCGCCGGGGUCCUGGUUGGUGCUGCUUCACCUGUACAUCCCGCUGCUGCUAUGGGCGACUCGGACCGCUCCUCCUCAUCCUCAUUGGCUGCACCCGAGGCCUUGGGGGCGGAGCCGCUGCUGCCCAGGAGUCGUCAGCGACAUCACCAGUCUGCGUUCUUAUUGGACCUGGUGGGAGAGGACUCUGAUUCCUCUGGGUUCUGGCUGGACCCCAUGCCACGCCCCAGCCCCCGAGACAACUCCACCCUCUCCAGCCCCACAUCCUCCCCCGCUGGGGCCUCCUCCAGCUCCUCCACCAGCUCUGAGGAUGAGGAGCGCCGCAGGGUCAGCACCCGGCAACGCAACGCCGCACGGAGGCGCCGCAUGCACUUCCCCUGCAGGCCCAGUGGAGGGCGCCCCGAGUCCGCCCAGGCCCUGUACCCCGGGGGGGUCGACUCCUGCUCCUACCCCAAGAUCUCCAUGGAUGAGGCCUCAUCCUCCUCCGCGUCCUCCACGGAGCUGCAGCAGGGCCCGGACUCGGUCCAGAUCGGACCCCACAGAAGGAGCUCGAAAACGGGUAGAUGUGCCAGCAAUUCGGGCAGACUUACCGGUUCCAGCCCUGCAGUCUCUCUGGACAGCCAAGAUGACCUUCUCAUCACCUCUCAGGACACCCUGCAGCAGAGGACCGAGUCCCGGGAGGGAGGGGUGACUGGGGCUGCUUUAGAGAGGAUGGACAACAGUAGCUGGGUCUCCUCUUCCUCCAGACAUCACCACAGCCCCCACCAGACUGAGAUGACUGAAGUGCCAGUAGACCGUCUGGCUCCAGACCUGUUUGCGUCCCCAGAUUCCAGGGGGGAGAGGGAGGCCUUGGCGGGGAAACAAACAGACACUAUGAACCAGGAAGAGGAAGAGGCAGGGCUGUCUUCUCAGAGAGGCCAGGCCCCGACCCAGGGGGCGCUAAAACGGACUCACCUGGGGUCAGGGGGUCAAGGGUCAGGGGAGGGGUUAGAGAAGAAGUUGAAGAGAUGAUGAUGACGCCUGUUGUGGGAAGGUGAUCAUUUGGUGAAUGACUGUUGUCCCACAUUACCCUCAAACCUCUCCUCUGGGAUGUUGCACAACAUCGUUGUUGGGGUCCCAGUAACACUGGCCCAUGGAACAACGGGGGGGGUCCCAGUAACACUGGCCCAUGGAACAACUGGGGGGUCCCAGUAACACUGGCCCAUGGAACAACGGGGGGGUCCCAGUAACACUGGCCCAUGGAACAACGGGGGGGUCCCAGUAACACUGGCCCAUGGAACAACUGGGGGGUCCCACUAACACUGGCCCAUGGAACAACGGGGGGGUCCCAGUAACACUGGCCCAUGGAACAACGGGGGGGGUCCCAGUAACACUGGCCCAUGGAACAACGGGGGGGGGGGGGGUCCCAGAGGAGAGGUCUGAGUAACACCACUUUUCACCAGGAGCCAAUGGUCAACAGUAGUAUACUAUGUAAAGGAAAGGGGGCAAUUUUGGAUUCAACCUGAGACUGGUUUUCUUUUGUUUUUACAGACCAGUUUCUUGGUUUGGUGACCCUAAAAAGGGUGUCGCAAUUUAUCAUUUUUGGGACGUGUAUUCUGCUAAGAGCAGAACACAGUGGCUAUGAGGGCUUGGCCCUCUGUCUGUCAAUCAGAACAUACUGGAUAAUGAUUGGUCCAAUAUUACUGUGGCAGCAAUGCGUUCUGGAACUUCUAGAAAUUGUCAUCACUUCUGAGGUCAAACCAUAGAUGACAUUAAAUAUCACAAGAUCCCAAAAUAUGUAAUAACAUUGACAAUGGUAUUGUAAAUGCACUACUAGUUAGUCAUUUAGUCUUAAGGCAGAACGUGUAUUUUUGUUGAAUUUAAAAAUGUUAGAAAAUGAAUACGGCCGGUUUAGUUUUUUUGUUGUUGAAGAAAGCAGGUCUGGUUCAGGACUAAAGGCUUUGAGUAAUUUCGAUUUUCCAGUGAGAUUCUUGGUGAAGUGUCAGCAUUUCUGUGGCUAAUCUGUUGUUGCCAUGCAAACAGCUGAGUGGCGACAUUUACAAAAAUAAAUAGUUUCAGUGUUAAGGAUGAUAAUUGUUUCUUGUCUCUCUCGUCCUCAUCCAAACCCCUUUGUCUCCAGCAGCAGCACGUGUUUUAUUCUGGUUUAUUUAUUCAAUUAAAGAAUCAUUCAUUGUCUGCUUACACUGAUGCCAUUCUUUAGAUGUUUUUUCUCUCUUGGUUUUAUAAGGAUUUUUUAAAAUCAAUUUACAAUGAUGAAAAUCGAAUUUUUACUCUCACCUUUCGAGACACCCAAAGGAUACUUUGAAUUAAAUAGCAAAGUGAAACAAUAA